AUGCAAUUAUGGUUGACCCAAAAUAAAAUUGACAAAUUACCUGGGGCUUCAUGCGUUGGAUUGGGGGCAAGUUCUACGUCUGAACUCAAUGAGGAGAAUGAGAAUAGGGAAGACGAAGAUGACCCCGUUGACAUGUUAGCAUCAAACCAGCCCAUCACACCAGUGACUUGCAUACGUAAGAGCGAUGCGACGAAGUUGAAAAAAGAUAAGAAAUUGAAACUCUCAGCUGAAACUGAAGAGAAGUCAAAGUUGACAACUGGUGAGCUGCAGCGUUUAUUAUUACUUGAACAAAUUAAGCUAACAAGACUUCAGGCUGAACGUGAACAACUGAUGAUAACGGAGUUGAACCUAAGAGCUGCACAACACGGACGAACGGAGUCCGUUCGUCCGUUUGAAUAA